AUGGCGUCUACGGGAGAACAAGUUAACGUCCCGUUUUUUAAGAAAAAGGGAAAGGGACGACCCACGACUACGCGAAAGCGCUCUGCGUCACCACCACCUGUCGACUCGCCAAGAUUUGGCGCCGCCUCAUCUUCUACCAAGUCGGAAGUUGUGCUUCCAACGAGAAAGGCCGCGACAAACCUGCUUAGUACAGGGACAAAACGCACCGCCUCACAACGCGACGGUGUGGGCGACCAGGAUACGCCGGAGAAGGAUGGACCGGACGUGAAGUGGACGGCAGAGGGCUCGCAUAUGAACGCGGCGUUGGAGAUUCUGGCGGGGGACGAGGUUGAGGAGCUGAUGGCAAAGAGGCGUCGGAAGGAAAAGGCUGAUGCUGGGGAGGAAGACGACAUACCCGACGAUGGAAAAUACCACGGACAAAGUGCCUAUCGUAGUCACAUCAAGAAAAGCACGGAGGUUCCAAAAGCGAUGAGAGUUGGCCCUCAACGAGGUACCAGCACGAUACGGACGGUCACCAUCGUGGACUAUCAGCCGGACGUGUGUAAAGAUUACAAAGAAACUGGCUAUUGUGGCUUUGGUGACACUUGCAAGUUCCUUCACGACCGUGGUACAUACCUUGCGGGAUGGCAGCUCGAUAAAUUGGCAGAGAACUCCAAAGGGCAAGUCUACGACGAGUCAGAGGACUCUGAUGAUGAGGAUGAGGACGUACCUUUCGCGUGUCUCAUAUGCAGAAAGCAUUACACCGACCCGGUGGUGACCCGGUGUGGGCACUACUAUUGCUCCGCGUGCGCCAUUAAACGAUAUGCUAAGACGCCGAAAUGCCUCGCAUGUGGUGCAACGACUGGCGGGAUCUUCAACCGCGCCGACAAAAUCUUGGAGAAAAUCCACAAAAAGAGGAAGGCGAAAGAGGACAGAGAAGCUGCUGGCUCGGGCGACGAGGGCGAAGGUAUCCAGAUCGAAGGUCUCAAGACCGUUGGCGGAGAGGAAGACUCGGACAAGAACUCCGGAUCUGAUUCAGAAUAG